AUCCUAUAUAUUAAUGAGAGCACCAUUUUUGACUGAAUUAAUUCCAUAUACAAAUUAUUGCUAAUUUUGUCACUGUUAAAAAAUGCUGGUGCAGAAUAUAGCAUUGACUUUACUCAAUGAAAUUGUGGUUGGAAAGAUGGCGUCCAAGUGCAACCUUUCUGCUUUAUUUCCAAUCCAGAGCCAGUUGGACUCCGCCCUGGACAACGCUACGAACCAACAAGAGAAAGAAAACCUUGUCUACCAGUACUUGAGAAAACUAGACGACAACGAUGACUUGAGGAUUCCCGAUUUUGACGAAGGUCUCGAAUGGCUGAACACAGAAGGUCCCCUUUCUUUCACAAGAGAGCUUGCUGGUAAAGUGGUGGUGUUGGACUUCUUUACUUACUGCUGCAUAAACUGCAUCCAUAUCCUACCUGACCUGCAUCAGCUGGAGAAAAAGCAUUCUGUCAAAGAUGGGCUUGUUAUCGUGGGUGUCCACUCUGCCAAGUUCCCCAACGAAAAGGUGCUGCAGAACGUGCGGAGCGCUGUGCUCCGCUACAACAUCACCCACCCGGUGGUGAAUGAUGGAGACGCUCGGCUGUGGCAUGAGCUGGAGGUGACCUGUUGGCCCACCCUGGUGCUCAUUGGGCCCAGGGGCAACCUGCUCUUCUCGCUGGUGGGAGAGGGCCACCGUGAGCGCCUAGUGCUCUUCACCAACACCUCCCUUCGACACUACAGGGACCAGGUCCUGCUCAGUGACCACCUUGUGGGGACCAAGCUUUACAGGGAUUCUCUGCCCCCAUCACUUCUUUUGUUUCCUGGGAAGGUAGCAGUGGAUUCCAGUAGGAAGAGACUGGCUAUAGCAGAUACGGGCCAUCAUCGGGUACUGGUGGUGUCCAGCAUUGGGCUGGUGCUUUACUCUAUAGGAGGGCCUGAGAGCGGUAGGAAAGACGGUAAUCUCGACGAAGCAACCUUCUGCUCCCCACAGGGGAUUGUCAUCAAAGGAGAUACUGUCUUUGUGGCCGACACUGAAAACCAUCUGAUCAGAAAGAUUGACUUGUUGGAGGGACAGGUCAGCACCCUAGCAGGAGUGGGAUUUCAAGGCACAGACAUGGAGGGAGGGGCCAUGGGACCCCAGCAGCCUAUCAGCUCACCCUGGGAUGUGGCCCUUGGGACUGCAGGCGGUGAGGAAGAUAACAUGCUGUGGGUGGCCAUGGCAGGGACACACCAGAUCUGGGCUCUGUUCCUGGAAAAUGGGAAGCUGCCUAAAAGAAGCGAGUCCAAAGCGGGGACGUGUGUGCGCUUCGCCGGCAGUGGCAACGAGGAGAACCGCAACAACGCCUACCCCCAAAAGGCCGGCUUUGCCCAGCCCUCGGGCCUGGCCCCUGCUCCGGAGGAGCCCUGGGGGUGCCUGUACGUGGCCGACAGUGAGAGCAGCACUGUGCGCUCCCUGGCGCUGAAGGACGGCGCCGUCAAACUGCUGGUGGGGGGAGAGAGAGACCCCCUGAACCUGUUUGCGUUUGGGGACGUGGACGGGAAAGGAGUGGACGCAAAGCUCCAGCACCCCCUUGGUGUGGCCUGGGCUCCUGACCAAGGCCUCCUCUAUGUGGCGGAUUCCUACAACCACAAGAUCAAAGUGGUGGACCCAAAAACCAGGCAGUGUCUUGUUGUGGCUGGGACAGGGGAAGCUGGUGACGUGUUAGGGCCAGGGUUGACUGAGUCCAGCUUCAAUGAGCCUGGUGGCCUGUGUGUCGGGGAGGGGGGCAGGGUGCUGUAUGUAGCUGACACCAACAACCACCACAUCAAAGUCUUGGACCUGGACACCAAGACCGUGUCACUGUUCCCCAUUUCAGUGGAGGACGCGGUAGACUCUGCACCAACUAAGUCCUCUGGACCUUGUAAAGUCCCCAAACUCCCCAAAUCUGCUUCUAGGGUGACGAUGCCACCACUGGCAGUGUCACCAGGACAGACUGUCAACUUGGAGCUGGUGCUAUCGCUACCAGAGGGCACCAAGCUCACUGAAGACGCACCCAGCUUUUGGACCCUGUCAGCAGAAGGUAACGAGUGGUUGCUAGGGAACCAGGUGGUGACCGGGGACAUCCCAAAUCUUUCCCAGCCCCUCUCCAUCCCUGCCAUACUUCCAGCGGUUCUCAAGGCGACAGAGGCCAGCCCCUCCCUCACCCUGAGUGUUUGGGUUUACUGCUGUCUGGCAGGAGGCGGGGCUUGUAUGAUGAAAGCCGCCUCCUUCACGCAACCUCUCCAGAUAGGCUCUACACCCAGAAACGGCUCGGUUACCCUGAAGCUGGCUCAUGCCUUCUAACUUAACAAGCCUUUAGCCCUUCCCUCUCGUUGGGGCUUUGUGUUUCAAAUAUGUUUCAUUUUUAAAUGAAGAUUCAACUUUACCAAUGUACAAAUCCUUUUGAUAGCUCCUUUUGAACACAAACGAUAACGGUAACAAAUAAUUUAUCACAGGAGUAGAUGUUUAAACAAAGUAGAUAUCAUAAAUAGCAUGGAAAGGGUGAAGAAAAGGUCUAACCCGGACUUAAUUCAACAAACAAAGUUUGGAUACCCCCCAAAAGGAUAAGCCCACACACCCUACUUGCUUCCUUCCCCUUCGGGGUAAAUCCUAACUUUGUCUUAGAUAAGUGUACGGUACAAUUGGCUCAUUCAUCUCCCUCUCCCCUGUAACUAUUCCCCAAUUUGUUGCUGUAAAUGAGAAUGUGUUCUCAGUCAACUUACCUGCUAAAAUAAAUAAAUUAAAAGUUUAAAGUCCUUAAAUUGUAUCAAACAAUGCCUGGAGUAAAUUAUUAUAUAUUUUUUAUUUAUUUAACCUUUAUUUAACUAGGCAAGUCUGUUAAGAACAAAUUCUUAUUUACAAUGACAGCCUACCCUGGCCAAACCCUAACCCCGACGUGCCAUUUGUGCGCCGCCCUAUGGGACUCCCAAUCACGGCCGGUUGUGAUACAGCCUGGAAUCUAACCAGGGUCUGUAGUGACGCCUCUAGCACUGAGAUGAAGUGCCUUAGACCGCUGCGCCACUGGGGAGCCCUCAAAUUGAAUGGGUAUUGAUGUAUUCAAAGGUAACCUCCCAGUCUGCCACAGGUAUUUACAAUGUCCACUUUGCUUUAGUAGGAUCUGUGGAGGGUGGGUAGACGGAUUGAAAUGUGUCAUAGACGAGAUAUCAGUUUGUCUGAUCCUGAGCACAGUUUAAUGCACCCAUCAAACAUGGAAGGUUUGACAUUCUCGAAUCCAGGUAGAUGUUUUCUUAUACUGAACAAAAAUAUAUAUAUGCAACAUGUAAAGUGUUGAAAUAAAAGAUCCCAGAAAUGUUCCAUAUGCAGAAAAAGCUUAUUUCUCUCAAAUGUUGUGCACAAAUGUGUUUACAUCUCUCUUAAUGAGCAUUUCUCCUUUGCCAAGAAAAUCCAUCCACCUGACAGGUGUGGCAUAUCAAGAAGCUGAUUAAACCGCAUGGUCAUUACAUAGGUGCACCUUGUGCUGGGGACAAGAAAAGGCCACUCUAAAAUGUGCAGUUUUGUAACACAACGCCAUGCCACAGAUUGAGGGAACAUGCAAUUGGCAUGCUGACUGCAGGAAUGUCUACCGGAGCUGUUGCCAAAGCAUACAUUUUUCUACCAUAAACCGCCUCCAACAUAAUUUUUGAGAAUUUCGCAAUACAUCCAACAUCUGGCUUCUUCACCUGUGGUAUCGUCUGAUACCAGCCACACAGAAAGCUGAUGAAACUGAGGAGUAUUUCUGUCUGUAAUAAAGCCCUUUUUGUAGAUAUAAACUCAUUCUGAUUGGCUCCAAUGGCUGCGCCCCUGCCCAUCAUGUAAAAUCCAUAGAUUAGGGCCUACUGAAUUCAUUUCAAUUGACUUGACUUCCUUAUAUCAACUGUGUAACUCCGUAAGAUCAUUGAAAUCGUUGCGUGUUUACAUUUAUGUUACUGUUCAAUAUACAGUCUCUUAUUUGUUAAAAAGUUAUUCCAAGGAAGGUAAUCAUUUCCUCUCAGUUGUUCAAAGGAGGCAAAGACCCCAUCUAAGUAUAAAUUCCCUUUGUUAUGGAUCCCAACCUCUGCCCAGCGAUAAAAUUGUCUAAGUUGGAGGGUGCAAAGGAAGGAUUUCCCACUAUUGGGGGUAGAAAUUAUAUUGGUCUGAGGUCAAAAUGUACCUUAACUUGCUUCCAGAUACGGAUUGUGCUAUAUACAAUGGGAUCGGGUCUAUAAACCGAUUUUCUCAAGGCGUAUAGGGGACAUAAUCACUGGGUAGCAGUCCUCGCACUCCAUAUCAAUCCAGCAGGACAACACAGCAGCGUCAGAGCCAAAACGUCACAGAGUGGAUAUUUGCAGUCCAAUAGUAACAAUCCUCCUUCCAAUUUAGAUUUAAAAAGGUUUUUACUUAUCCUGUGUGCUUUGAAUUCCCAAAUAAAUGGGUUUAUAAUCGAGUCCAGUUGAUUAUUAAAGGACUUCGUCAGAAAUAAAGGGAUAUUCUGGAAAAUAUUUACUGUAUAACAGUUGAGGGAGGAAUACCAUCUUAAUUGCAUUAACUCUUCCCAGUAAAGAUAUGGGGGAAGCGUUUUGUUAGGUGGGCAUUAGGGGAACUAGACUUGGGGUCGAAAUGGAAUUGGGUCACUAUUAUAUGUCACAUGAGGGAGUGCAUGGUUUUCUCUGCACAAGUAUUCCCUGUCUUUAUUUUACAAGAUGUCAGCACCAAAGUGCAUGUAUCGUCUUCCUCUUCACUGUGUGUUUAUGGAUGGGGGAAAACAAGUGGGCUCUAAAUAAGGUUUACAUAAUACAUCCAUAUAUCACUCCGUAACACCUCUAGAAAACCUUUCAUAGACGUAUGUCCACAACAGUCUGCUGACUGGCUUGGAUUUGUGCCAGCCAACUUGCUUACUUAGUAAUACUUCAGAGCUGGCAAAACUGGUUACAAUUAAAUUACAUUUCAACCAAUUUUGCCCUUUUGGUUUUGUCAUAAGGCAUUUACAAACAGUUUCCUCACACUUUAUCAUUACGCCCACAUUUGUAAAUGUUAGUAACCUAGUUAUUCACACAUUUAUAAACUUGUAUAUUUUAACUGAUGUAUUAAUGAUUCAUAAGAUAAUUAAUAAUAUAGGUCCUUAUAAACCAUUUAGUAAUCAUUUGUUUGUCCCUUAUCUAAAGUGAGGGCCUUGCGUUAGUGUUACCAGCACUCAUAAUUCCUUUUAUGAGGCCUACCUCCAGAGGUGGUCAGGAAUAUCGGAUCACAAUGCGUCUUUUAAUCGGCUACACCUGAAAACAUUUUGGGCACAAUCGGAAUGUGGACAAGAUCAGGACAAAGGACGCAUGUUAGUAUCAGGUGUAAAUGGGGACUCUGAUUUCUCUUUCCCAGCUUCACCUCAAACCCCCAGCGCUGUCCGGCAUGUGUGUUUUUAUACUUUCCAAGGGCAGAGCUUUUUACAAACUGGUUUCUUUUAUUAUGCAAUCUAACAAGGACAAAGUAAUAAAACAAUAUUUUAUCAGCC